CCGACCGCGGAGCAGCACCAAGUCGGCGCGGCGGCCAAAGUCAGUAAAAAGGAGCUCAACUCCAACCACGACGAGGCCGAGGAGACCUCAGAAAAAGAACAGCAAGAAGCAAUUGAACAUAUUGAUGAAGUACAAAAUGAAAUAGACAGACUUAACGAACAAGCCAGUGAGGAGAUUUUGAAAGUAGAACAGAAAUAUAACAAACUCCGCCAACCAUUUUUUCAGAAGAGGUCGGAAUUGAUCGCCAAAAUCCCCAAUUUUUGGGUAACAACAUUUGUCAACCAUCCACAAGUGUCUGCACUGCUUGGGGAGGAGGAUGAAGAGGCGCUGCAUUAUUUGACAAGAGUUGAAGUGACAGAAUUUGAAGAUAUUAAAUCAGGUUACAGAAUAGAUUUUUAUUUUGAUGAAAACCCUUACUUCGAAAAUAAAGUUCUCUCCAAAGAAUUUCAUCUGAAUGAGAGUGGUGAUCCAUCUUCAAAGUUCACCGAAAUCAAAUGGAAAUCUGGAAAGGAUUUGACGAAACGUUCAAGUCAAACACAGAAUAAAGCCAGCAGGAAGAGACAGCAUGAGGAACCAGAGAGCUUCUUCACCUGGUUUACUGACCAUUCUGAUGCAGGUGCAGAUGAGUUAGGAGAGGUCAUCAAAGAUGAUAUUUGGCCAAAUCCGUUACAGUACUACUUGGUUCCCGAUAUGGAUGAUGAAGAAGGGGAAGGAGAAGAAGAUGAUGAUGAUGAUGAAGAAGAAGAAGGAUUGGAAGACAUCGAUGAAGAAGGAGAUGAGGAUGAAGGUGAAGAAGAUGAAGAUGAUGAUGAGGGGGAGGAAGGAGAGGAGGAUGAAGGAGAAGAUGACUAAUGGAACACUGAUGGAUUCCAACCUUCCUUUUUUAAUUUUCUUCAGUCCCUGGGAGCAAGUUGCCGUCUUUUUUUUUUUUUCCUCCUCUUGUGCUCAUUCACCCUGUUUUUUGAAGUCUCUUUUCUCUCCCUUUAUACCAUGGUUCUCAACUUAUUUUGGGGGGAAAUACCUUGAGCAGAAUACAGUGGGAAAAGAAUCUCUACCCCUUUCUGUUCCAAAUUCAUUUUUAACCCUUCCUGUCUCAACAAAAACUUUAUGGAAUCAACACCACCGUGCUCUGUGGGAAAAAAGAAAAACCUUCUGCUCCCUUAGCUCUGCUGGAAGCUGGAGGGUGCUAGGCCCCUGUGUAGUAGUGCAUAGAAUUCUAGCUUUUUUCCUCCUUUCUCUGUAUAUUGGGCUCAGAGAUUACACUGUGUCUCUAUGUGAAUAUGGACAGUUAGCAUUUACCAACAUGUACCUGUCUACUUUCUCCUGUUUAAAAAA